AGCGCGGGGGAAACUCAGGCGGAAACGCACCGCGGGAAAAAGCCGGAGGGCACUGGAGGGAGAUGUCCUUGGUUGACGCAGUCGGCAUUAAUAGGUAUAAAGGAAACCGUCCUCGUCGUCGCGGCGUCCAGACCGACCGGUCGAGCUUAACAGUCAUGCCCGUCAACGAGGACAUCACCAACGAUCGCGUGUCGGCGUGGACGGAGCUCGAGAGAGCCGGUCCACCCGCGGGAUCACGGCGGAAGAUGGCCGGGGAACAUCCGCGGACGGACACCCCGUCGACCCCGGCUGUCCCGGCUUCCCCGGCUCUCCCUAACGGCACCGAGGAACGAAGAGGCGUCGAGAAGCGGGACUUCCGCAGCAUGCCGCGUCGGGAUGCACACGAGAAGCUCUUCAGGGACUUCUUCGAGCUCGUGCUGCAGCGCGCGGUGUUCCACGCCACUUCCGGAAAGGACCACGUGGUCGAAUGGGUGGACCCUUACGAUCUGCGCACCGUGGUCGACCUCUCGUUGACAGCCGAGGGAGUCAACCACGAGGAGCUGCUGACGCUGACGCGCGACAUCAUCAAGUACAGCGUGAAGACGGGCCACCCGCACUUCGUGAACCAGCUGUUCUCCAGCCUGGACCCGUACGGGCUGCUGGGUCAAUGGCUGACCGACGCACUCAAUCCGUCUGUCUACACCUACGAGGUGUCCCCGGUGUUCUCGCUGAUGGAGGAGGACGUGCUGCGGGAGAUGCGCACCAUCAUCGGCUGGCACAGCGGCGAGGGUCUCUUCUGUCCAGGCGGCUCCAUGGCGAACGGAUACGCCAUCAAUCUGGCGCGUCACCAUAGAUACCCGAGCUUGAAGCAAUCAGGAUUGUCGCAGAUGCCGCGGCUGGUGGUGUUCACGUCGGAGGACGCGCACUACUCCGUGAAGAAGCUCGCCGCGUUCCUGGGCAUCGGCUACGACAACGUGUACCUGGUCAAGGUCGACUCCCGCGGCAAGAUGGUGGUCUCCGAUCUGGAGGCUCAGAUCGCCCGAGCCGUCGAGGAGGGCGCCGCGCCGCUCAUGGUGUCUGCCACCGCGGGCACCACCGUGAUCGGCGCGUUCGACCCCCUCAGAGAGAUCGCGGAAGUCUGUAAGAAGCACAGGCUGUGGCUCCACGUGGAUGCCGCGUGGGGCGGCGGUGCACUCGUUUCAGAGACGUACCGCGGCCUCCUGGACGGCAUCCAGCUCGCUGAUUCCGUCACCUGGAACCCCCACAAGUUGCUCGCCGCACCGCAGCAGUGUUCCACCCUGCUGCUCCGUCACGAAGGUUUGUUACACGCGGCUCACGGUUGCGGAGCGAGCUACCUCUUCCAGAACGACAAGUUCUACGACGCGUCGUUCGACUGCGGCGACCGGCACGUGCAGUGCGGCCGCCGCGCCGACGUUGUCAAGUUCUGGUACAUGUGGAAGGCGAAGGGCACCCGCGGUCUCGAGGCACACGUCGACCGCGUGUUCGUGCUGUCGCGCUACUUCACCGAUCUCAUCAGGACGCGCGAAGGCUGGCGCCUGCUCAUCGAGCCGGAGUGCACCAACGUUUGCUUCCGCUACGUUCCGCCGUCGAAGAGACACCUGGUCGGUCAGGAACUCGAUCAGGCGCUCCACAAGAUCGCGCCGAUAAUCAAAGAACGUAUGGUGCGAGCCGGAACAAUGCUGAUUACGUAUCAGACAUUGAGAGAUAUGCCGAACUUCUUCCGACUGGUGCUGCAGAACUCGGGGCUGACCGAGGCCGACAUGAAGUUCUUCGUCGACGAGAUAGAAAGGCUCGCUGUGGAUCUUUGAGUAGUUUAAAUGGCAAAUACUGUACAUAGCGAUAUAGAAUGUGUAUGUAUUAUUAGUGUAAGAAAUAGUUGCACUUGGUAAAUCAACGUGACCGUAGAAACAAAACGAUCACUCACCUCUUCACACGGCCAAA